AUGCGGGGAAGAACCGACGAGGCAGAGGCGCAGGCGCAGGCGAAUGCCCGAGAGUCGCCGCUGUCGAACCUCGAGAAUCUGCUGCUAGCGCAGGCUGCAUAUGAAUUCGGCGGCGGUGGCAGCGCGUGGAGUCAAGUCUCAAAGACGCUCAACCGUCAUGCACUCACCAAUAGGCCCGCCUCUUACUUCAAUGCUCCGAUGUGUCGCGCGCAUCACACGAACCUCAUGAAUGACCACGGCCUGGACCCGUCACAUCCGGAUAACGCAAAACCACAUUCUGCUCCUUAUAAGCAGCUGGCAGAGAUCCUCUACGUGGAGCGUUUUCGUGAGCUGGAGCAGCAGAUCAAGGCCGAGGAAGUGGCGUUCAAGCGCGUCUGGUCCGAAAUUGAGGACAUCAAGGCGGGAAAGUGGGACGCAGCAAUUGCUGAGGGGAAGAUACCGGUAUCUCGAGACGAACCGACGGCGCAGAACAGGAUCGACGACAGCGCGGCUGAGAAGGAUGCUGAUGAGGAGUCAGCCGCUGGUUCACCUGAUGAGAAGGUGGACGAAGACGAUGCGGACGGCGACCAGGAGCAAGAUGAUGCACAAGCUGAAGAGGAGGCGGAUGUUCCGGAGACGCGAGAGCCUCCAGAAGUCCCCAGCGAAGACGAAGGUGCCAGCUCGGGCGAAGAACCGUUGCAAAACCAGCGAAGAUCAAGUCGCAUCUCGUCGACCGGCGCCUCUCGGAUGGGUAGCAAAGGGAAGACACCGGAGGACGUUCCCGAGGCGGAAACAGAGGAGAUGCAGGUCGACGACGACGAGGAUGAUGAGGAAGAGACGGAGACGCGCUUGAAGCGCAAGGCUUCGCCUUCGGACCACCCUGAUAACGCCCGCGACGCCAAACGUGCUCGGGAGGGCUCCGAAGCAACUCCCGACGAGGAUCAAAACCGUCGCAACUCCCGCCGCUCAGCCCCGUCUCAACCACCCGCAAACAAGAACUUCAAGCCCGUCAUAACCAUGCUCCACGAGCAAAUCUCCCAGCACCGCAAUGGCAACAUCUUUCACAACCCCAUCAAGACGAGCGAGGCGCCCGACUACUACCGCGUCGUCAAGCGCCCGAUCGACCUGAAGACGAUCAAGGCGCGCAUACGAGACGGCGCGAUUGCGAACACGGCCGAGUUCCACCGGGACAUACUGCUCAUGUUCGCGAAUUCGAUGAUGUACAAUCACCCGGAGACGGAUAUACACCAAAUGGCGGCGGAGAUGAUGCUGGAGAGCGAGCAGAUGAUCGAAACGCACCGGCAGACCGAAGCUUGGAGUCAGACCUAG